AUGUUGAAUGCCCAACAGCCAGCUGCGUGGGUUACCUGGGACCCGCUGCUGGGCCUGAAGGCCCCUGCCCGCACUGUCAUCUGGAAAGGUAGACGUGGGGCUUGGUUUCGGAGACGCAUGCGGCGCUGGUCUGGCUGGCCGUAUCGUGGGAAGAGGGUGGGGGAAGCAAGCAAUCCGGGACCUGAACCGGGCACGCCUGUUGGCGGAGAACGGCCUCCUCGUGAGCGCUCUCCUCCUCGCGCGGGCUCCGCCCCCGGGCCUGCGGCUGCUGCUCAACCGGCUGCACGAGUUGCAAGUGCCAAGGCAGUCGGUAGGGUUUACUGCCCCGUGUCCAUCUGCCCAUGCUCGGAUGCUGCCCGGGCCCGAGGGUGGGCCAAUGUGGCCGCUAUGCGCUCGCACAUCGACGCUCACCUCGCUGGGGCAGCAGGUGGCGAGGUGCCACAGGCCUGGCUGCAAGCCAAUGGACGCACCCGGUGUUUGGUUUGUGGCCUUAGUGUGUCAGAAAAAUUUGGCAUCCAUCCAACAUGCCGCCCUGCUGCUCGGGCUGCUGCUGUCGCUGAGGGCGACCCCAUGGAUACUGAUGAUCUGGACUUGCCGUCCUUUGAAGCCAUUCAGGCAGCCCGGACUGCCACCUUGCGCCACGUCCCCGCCAAAGCACGCCACCUCUGGAACCAGCUUCUCGCUCGUGCCUUGGCUGCUGUUGCGCAUCGCAAUGAUGAGGAAGCCUGGCGCGAGCUACUCAUGCUGCCGCAAAGUGUACUCUGCGCGCCAGCGCGACGGGGGAAGAAGCACGCGAGAGCCGUCGCUGCUUUCGUCCUGGAUCGCAUGCAGCGAUGGCAGGAGGGGGAGCGCAGGUCCUUAUGGGACACGCGCCCACAGCACCGCCAGCGGUGUUCUGCAGUGCCCACGCCUGAGGAGCGGCGAGGCCUGGCUGAAGCGUGGGGAAGGGAGGGGUUCGACAGAAAAGCCUGCGCGGCCUUGUUGUCUAAAGGCUUAUGCCCUGACAACGCUGAGACUGCUCGGGCUUUGGAACUCCUUCAUCCCCAGAGAGCUCCUCCCGCAGCUCGACCGCCGCAGGAACUUCCUCUUGCGCCUGAAGUCGCGGCUGAGGUGGUGGCCCGCUGCCUGCGUGCUUUUCCUGCUGAAACAGCCCCGGGGCCCACUGGCCUCCGUGUGCAGCACUUGCGCGACGCCUGCAUUGCUGGCGGACAUGAGGCCUUCCUCUCGCAGCUCACUGCUGUCGUCAAUGUUCUUGCUCAAGGACGUGCUCCGCCUAGUGUCGCCCCUGUGCUGGCCGGGGCUGGGCUGGUCGCACUGCCGAAGGCCAGCGGGGGCGUCCGGCCCAUUGCUGUGGGUGAGCUCCUGCGCCGGCUCACUGGCAAGUGCCUGAUGAGUCUGGUCCGUGAUGAGGCUCGCGCCUAUUUCUGGCCGGCUCAGGUUGGGGUCGCGGUCAAAGGAGGUGCAGAGAAAGCGGUCCAUGUUCUGCGGGCUUGGACUAACCGCCACGCGGGUUCUUCUCGCAAGGUUUUGGUCAAACUGGACUUUGCCAAUGCCUUCAACUGUGUCCACCGGGACACCGUACUUGAUGAAACUACAAACCGCUUCCCUGCUCUGGCACGCUGGGUUACUUGGUGCUACCGGCAACACACGCGGCUCCAGUUUGGAGCUCGCACCCUGGAGUCCUGCUCUGGUGUUCAGCAGGGCGACCCGCUCGGGCCGCUGCCGACCCUGGACAUUGCAAUGCACUUCCUGGAUGACGGUGUGCUUGCCGGUGACAUUGCCGCGGUCAGUGCUGCUCUGACCCUGGUCCAGCAGCAGGCCUCCGCAAUUGGACUGCAACUCAACCUGCGUAAGUGCGAAGUUGUGGCUUUGGGACCUAUUGAUGAGGGCAUCAUGCGCGCAAGUUUCCCGGCUGCCCUGCUGCUCCAUGCUGAUGGUUCUGGGAGAGUGCUCAGGAACUUCGAGUUCCUGGGGGCCGCUAUUGGGGACGAUGACUUCAUCCAGACACACACCCUGGCGCGGGCAGAAAAAGCGGGUGAAUUGCUGGAGGCGCUGGCCGAGCUUGAGGACCCCCAGGUGGGACUACGCUUGCUGCGGGCGUGCGCCGGCUUCUGCCGCAUGGUUCACAGCAUGCGCUGUAACCCGCCUGCAGCUCAGGCUGCAGCUUUGGCCCACUUUGAUGGGCUGGUGCGGCGGUGCCUCGGUGGUCUCACUGGCAUCCAUGUUACUGCUGAGCAGUGGUUGCAAGCCUCUCGAGGGCUCGCGCACGCGGGGCUUGGGCUGCGCUCUUGCUCUGCCCAUGCGCCUGCUGCCUACUUGGCCUCGGUGGGGGCCUCCCUGGAACACUGCAGUGACCUCGACCCCAACUUCUCAAAGGAGGCCGUUCAAACCUCGAACCAUGUGGUCGGGGCUUUCCACCUGUUCCAGAACGCCGUGGGCAGUCGGGUUGCUACGCUUGCUGCUGCUUUGCAAAGCAAGCAACGCGACCUGUCUCAGCUUUUGGACUCCACCUGCUUCGCUGCCCAGCUUGAACACAGCAGCCACGUCGCUCGGGCUGCCCUUCACUCUGAAGCGGGGUUGGGGGCGCGCGCCUUCCUCAACGCCAUGCCCUCAGGACGCACGCGCAUGGAGCCUGCCGCCUUCAUUGCCGAGUUGCGAAUCCGCCUGGGGGUGCCCGAAGCCACUGAUGAUUGCUGGUGUCCUCGCUGCGAUGGGGUCUUGGACUGCUGGGGCUACCACGCUGGCAUGUGUGUGGCUGGCGGCGAACGGACUCUGAGACACAACGCUGUCCGUGAUCUUGUGUGUUCCUGGGCUGAGCGGGCUGGCCUUCGGCCGGAGAAGGAGCGCCCGAACCUUCUGCUGCCCACUUGCCCUGAAGACACGCAGACAGGCAGACGUCGCCCUGCCGAUGUCUUUCUGCCUGCCCUUGCUGGGUCUCCCGCUGCGCUUGACUUCGCUGUUACAGCGCCUCAGCGGCAGGAGACCCUAGCACUGGCAGGCAGGGAGACAGGCGCGGCGGCUGCUGCCUACGCCCGCCACAAGGAAGCGCACUUGGGCACUGCGCAGGCCUGUGAGGGCCAGGGCGUGGUGUUUGUGCCGAUGGUGGUGGAAUCCACAGGCACGUGGGACAAAGGUGCGGGCAUCGUCCUCCAGCACAUUGCGCGGGCUGUGGCUGCGCGGACUGGCGAGGAGCCCCAGCGUGCACAUUCCGCCCUCAUGCAGGAGCUGUGCGUUCUGAUCCGUGCCUAUCGGGCGCGGGCGGCCCUGCGCCGCCGCGCUGAAGCUGCGGAGACAUGA